GGCGGAUUCAAUGAAGGUCGGUAUACCUCGCAGUCGAUCUUUCAAUAUGCGGUUUCCCCCUGAAUACCUCUGCAUAUUGAGAUGUCUGCGCUGACCCAAAGUCCUAGUACAAAAUGUCUUCUCUCAUCGUCCAAAGUUCAGCCCGGCUUUCUUCCUGGACCUGAUUCCUGACUACAUGGAGGCUGUCUAUCCCGUGCAGCCGGUCAUCACUGAGAAUGAACUCCGAAAUUACAUUCACAUCAUGGACACCGACCAGGAAGCACUAUCGUUCAUUUACGCAUUCGGUGGUUGCACGUUGAAUCUCACACGCCAGGGCAACAAGCGAACUGAAGAGGUGAAUCAAACCAUCGAGGCUCUCAUGAACUACUCCAUCGAGACCCUCGGACCGAUCCUUGGGAACUUCCGGUCUUCGGUUCUGAGGGCGAUGCAAUCAAUGUUUUUGCACAAUUGCCUGAUGACCAUGCAAGCCACCGACGCUGCUUUCUAUUACAUUCGCGACUCCAUAACUCACAUUCAGCUCCUGCGGAUCGACAAUCCAGAGAUUAUGGCGGGCCUUUCGCCACCGGAGAGGGCAAGACGGCAGAGAUUGUAUUGGCAGGGUUUCAUUCACGAACGAUUCGUUGCUAUUUUGGACUACAGACAGGCCGUAUUGCCUCCGCUCGAUAAUCUACCAGAGGAGGACCCUACUAUUCCAAUCACCAUCCAUGAAGGCUUUAAUCAGAUUAUCAAGUUGUUCCGCCUUCUGGAUCCUGACUUUCUGCGUAAUUGGAGCGGGAGCCACGGGAAUGUCACUAGUACAUGGAUUGAAGAAAAAUCUCGCGAAAUCGAAGGGGAGGGUGAGGAGGAGGCUCAAGGCCUUGCGCUUUUGUCAACGAUGCAAAGGGCGGACUUGACGAUCACAAGGGAGUGGCUUCGCACUCUCGUCUGGCGCCUGGCUAUGUCGCAAACUCUGCUCUCCUCGCGCUCCAACAAAGAAUGCCUCUCGCUGCUAUUUCCCGUGCGCCUGUCACAAUCCCUUCGUCAGCAAGUGACGAGCAUGUCCCGCGAAGACAUAGAGGUGCACGGAAGUAGCAUCGUACAGAAGCUAUUUGAAAUAACGGAUACGAUCGUCGAUGUGCUAAUUCAUGUGCCCGCCGGCACACUCGAGGAAACAGCCCUGAGGAUCGACGACUUCAUCUUCAUUUUGGACUUUGUGCUUCUGUUUCCGACGCUCGACCAAACACGGCGAGGCAUACUAAUGGAGAAGCUCGAGAGGCUACAAGCCAUGUUUCCCGAAAUAUGCAGCACCACGAGCUCACCGAACAUUCCUGGAAACUUCGACGCGCAAUCCCCAACAAUCGACCCUUGGUAUCACGUCACGCAAUCUAAAAUGCCGGACAUCACCUUCGACCCCGUGGGGUUUGACAGCCAAGGGGUUCUCCAGGAAAUGGAACCCACCCAACUAGAUCCAAGAGGCACGCAUAAGGCGGCUUGGAACCAAAUUUCGAGGCGGCUUUCGAUGGUGACGUUCCCAACACAUUGAAAUGGGCAUCAAUUUGCCUUGCCGAGAGAGGCGUUGUACACAUUACAAUGAUUUGCUAGUAGUCGGAACAAAAUGCAUGGCUCGCGACCGGGGUCAUAUAGGGUCUAACCUCAACUUGGUUUUAAUGGCCUGGAACAUUACUCGCAUAUGGAAAAUAAGCUCUUAUGUGAUUCAGCCAAGCAGU